GCCAAACGUCAGUGUCAACUGUCACUGUCACUGUCAGAUCAGAGGAUUUAGGACUAAGACAUGGCGAAUAUGAGUGGAUGGAUCCUAAAUCCGAGGCUGAAGUAGUAAACAUCACUUAUGUAGAUAAGGAUGGCAAAAAGACAAAAGUACGAGGAAAAAUUGGAGAUAAUGUCUUGUAUCUGGCGCACAGAUAUGGCAUUGAAAUGGAAGGAGCGUGUGAGGCAUCACUAGCGUGUACAACAUGUCAUGUGUAUGUCAACCACGACUUUGUGGACAAACUACCCCCCUCUGAGGAGAAAGAAGAUGAUCUACUGGACAUGGCUCCGUUCUUGAAAGAGAACUCUAGAUUAGGUUGUCAAAUAGUCUUGACGAAAGAGUUGGAAGGCAUCGAAUUACAGUUACCAAAGGCAACAAGAAACUUUUAUGUGGAUGGCCACAAACCAGCACCGCAUUAGUUCAGAAAAACAUCACAAUACAACAUAGUUUUAUUACUUACUUCUUUGCAAUAUAAUAACUUUAAGACAAAAACUUGGCAAUGUUAUGAUCAAAUAAGCUAUUAAACGAACUUAGUCGUUCUUCCGAGGAUCAACAAACCAAAUGGCAGCACAAAUCUAGCAAACUCAAAAACGUUCUUGUUUACUUUUCACAUAUAACGCCAUCUAGAGUUGAAAUGUCACAACUAUUCGUCCUAUGCCGACCUCGCGUUUCUUGCAGUCCACACUAGAUGGCGUAUCGCAAUAUGUAUAUUAAAUUUUAAACAUUAUUGUACAAACUUGUAUCAAACUGAACAACUUCUGAGUUUUAUUCUUGUAGUUAAGUAUAUAGAAUACGGCAGUUUUUCAUAUUUUGUUAAGUUAUUGUAUAAACAAUAUUAACAUAGUGUAGGUUUAUUAUUUCCUAUUAGUUACCUAAGAGGUACUUUGGGGAAAAAUGAGUUAGGUAUAGCAGCAUUAACCAACAAUAAAAUUCUUGUUCUCAA